UGGUGGUAAAUUGAGAAUGACAUGGAAUACUGUGAAUGAGGCAGCAGAGAAACACGCAUACUGUCCCCCCCGCCACGCAACGCAAAUCCAAAACCAGAAGCUAAAUUCAAACCAAGCGACCACGUGAGUUCACUCCCUUCUUUGCAAGCUAUUCCAAAAUAUUUUUUAGUUUCGAAUUGUACACUAAAAACCCUCGUUCGCUGCGGAGUGUAAAUUCAAAACUAUACACUCGGCGCACGAGAACAUGGCGGACACUGGUGGCGACGAUAAUGGCGUCACCUAUCUUCACGGUGACCUCGAUUUGAAAAUUAUCGAGGCAAGGCACUUGCCGAACAUGGACAUCUUCUCGGAGCGUCUUCGCCGCUGCGUAACCGGCUGCGACACUAUCAAAUUCCACUCCGAGGACCCCGCCGAGAGUGGAAGCCAGCGGACGCGGCAGCGCCACCACCGCAGGAUCAUAACAAGUGACCCGUACGUGACGGUUUCGGUGCCGCAGGCGACGGUGGCACGCACGCGCGUGCUGAAGAACUCGUCGGAUCCUCUGUGGAACGAGCGGUUCCACAUCCCGCUCGCGCAUCCGGUUGUGGAUUUGGAGUUCCGCGUGAAGGACGACGACGUUUUCGGCGCGCAGAUAAUUGGGACCAUGAAGAUUCCGGCGCAGCGGAUUGCCACAGGCGAGUUGAUUUCCGGCUGGUUCCCUGUCGUCGGGCCGUCUGGGAAGCCGGCGAAGCCGGACACGGCGCUGCACGUGGAGAUGAAAUUCAUGUCGGUGGAGAAGAAUUUGCUUUACAAGCGAGGCAUUGCGGCGGAUCCGGAGCAACGCGGAGUGAGGCACACGUAUUUUCCGGUGAGAAAGGGGAGUUCGGUGAGGUUGUACCAGGAUGCGCAAUGUCCUGAAACUGGCGGAGCGAAGUUGCCGGAGGUUAAGCUUGAGAAUGGAGAGGUUUACAGGCACGGAAAGUGUUGGGAGGAUAUUUGUUAUGCCAUAUCCGAGGCUCAUCACAUGGUGUAUUUGGUGGGCUGGUCGAUUUACCAUAAGGUGAAGCUUGUUAGAGAGCCUACUAGGCCGUUGCCACGAGGUGGCGAUUUGACGCUUGGCGAAUUGCUGAAGUAUAAGUCUGAAGAAGGGGUGAGAGUGCUGUUGCUGGUUUGGGAUGAUAAAACUUCGCACGACAAGGUUUUCCUCAAGACGACUGGUGUGAUGCAGACUCAUGAUGAGGAAACCAGGAAGUUUUUUAAACAUUCUUCAGUAAUGUGUGUUCUGUCGCCUCGGUAUGCCAGCAGCAAGAUGAGCUUCUUGAAGCAACAGGUUGUUGGAACGGUCUUCACACACCACCAAAAAUGUGUGAUCGUGGACACACAGGCCACGGGGAAUAAUCGGAAGAUAACUGCUUUUAUUGGAGGUCUUGAUCUUUGUGAUGGUCGCUAUGACACACCUGAGCAUCGUCUGUUUCGUGAUCUUGACACUGUAUUUUCUGAGGAUUUCCACAAUCCUACAUUUCCUGCUGGAACAAGGGCUCCUAGACAACCAUGGCAUGAUUUACACUGCAGAAUAGAUGGACCUGCUGCAUAUGAUGUUCUUAUUAAUUUUGAGCAGCGAUGGAAAAAGGCAACUAAGUGGAAAGAAUUUGCGAUCCUUUUCAAAAAAUCCUCUCAAUGGCAUGAUGAUGCUUUGAUAAGAAUAGAACGCAUCUCAUGGAUAUUAAGUCCUUCCGUUACCACGAAGGAGAAUUAUACAGUUGUUCCAGAGGAUGAUCCUUUAGUAUGGGUUUCUAGGGAAGAUGAUCCUGAAAACUGGCAUGUUCAGAUCUUCCGCUCCAUUGACUCAGGGUCCCUCAAAGGAUUUCCCAAACAUGUUGAUGUUGCUCUGUCCCAGAAUCUUAUUUGUGCUAAAAGUUUGGUCAUAGAAAAAAGCAUUCAAACAGCGUACAUUGAAGCAAUAAGAUCUGCUCAACACUUUAUUUAUAUUGAAAACCAGUACUUCAUUGGAUCAUCGUAUGCAUGGCCUUCUUAUAAAGAUGCAGGGGCUGAUAAUCUUAUUCCAAUGGAGUUGGCACUGAAAAUUGCUAGUAAAAUCAGAGCUAAGGAAAGGUUUGCUGUCUAUGUUGUUUUACCAAUGUGGCCAGAAGGUGAUCCAAAAACUGGGGCUAUGCAAGAAAUCCUCUUUUGGCAGGGCCAAACAAUGCAAACAAUGUAUAACGUAGUUGCUAGGGAGUUAAAAGCAAUGCAACUUUCUCAUAUAAACCCACAAGAUUACCUCAAUUUUUAUUGCCUUGGUAAUCGGGAAGACUUCAGUGAAGAAAGUUCAAGCACGUCUCAGGAGCAUAUAAAUAUCGCAGAUUUAUGAUUUAUGUGCAUGCUAAGGGAAUGAUCGUUGAUGAUGAGUAUGUUAUAAUUGGAUCUGCUAAUAUAAACCAAAGAUCUAUGGCUGGUACUAAAGAUACUGAGAUAGCUAUGGGUGCAUAUCAACCCCAUUACACAUGGUCAGCAAAGCAAAGACAUCCAUAUGGUCAGAUUUAUGGUUACAGAAUGUCACUUUGGGGAGAGCAUCUUGGCAUGUUAGAUGAAACUUUUGGGGAGCCAGAGAGUUUGGAGUGUGUGCAUACAGUGAAUCAAAUUGCUGAAAACAAUUGGAAAUUAUUCGCUUCUGAAGAUUUCUCGCUAUUGCAAGGACAUCUUCUUAAGUAUCCUGUAAAGGUAGAUUCUGAUGGAACGAUUAGAUCCCUACCGGACUGUGAGAAUUUUCCCGAUGCUGGCGGUAAGAUAUUAGGUGCUCACUCCACAGCAAUCCCAGAUAUUCUAACAACUUAAACUCCUGAAUUCAUGUUGCGUGAAGAUUGUGUGACGUAUUGUUGUCUGUCCCUUCCUGAGAAAGAUGAUACAAAAAGAAGUUGGGGUGAAGUUAUGUAGCUUUCUGUACUUAAUUUAUUGUUCAGUUCAUUUGUAAAUCUUCCACAGUAUUGAUUCAUAUUUUGAAACACCUGUUUAUAGAUAGUUUUUGUCCGUUAUUCUGUCAUUGGUUUGGUUAUAGUUUUGUGUACCUAAGCUGCAUUCAUAUAUUGCAUCCCCGAACGAAAUACACUUUUUUUAAGUAGCAACAUCUCCUUCAGGUGGUACAUACAUGAUACGUAGAUACUAUUAGUAGUUGGAGUAAAGUGAGGACUUUCAGAAGAUUUGUAAAAGCAACCCUUAAGGUUCAUUUUGUGUUGAGUGAGUUUCGUGUGAUUGUGAAACAUUCUAUUAUUCUCUUAUGAUAAUAUAUCCUACAUUCUCUUACCUAAA